AUGGCAUCACUUCUGCUCGCCGACAUGCUGGAAGCGGCUCCGUUUCUCUGUCGUUACUGGCAAGUGCUAGUAUCCCUCUGUUUGGCGGCCCUGGUUAGCUACGCCGUCAAAACUCUACAGGCGAACACCCGAGCGGCAAAUUUAAAGCAAGGCAUUCCGAAAAGCAAUUUGUCGAGAUAUGAACGAGCGCGGGAUCUCGACCCAUCGAGAUCAAAUCUGGAGGAAGAUGAAGAGCAGGAAGAGGAAAAACAGUGUGAGGAAAUGGAUAACGCACAGAUCAACCACAUAGCGUACGGUCGCGCUACACUUUCGGAAGAUGAGAUGCUCAGGAGGUCGAGAGAGUUCUACGAGUUGAUGCAAAAGCGAAGAACGUUAAGGUUUUUUAGUGACAAAGUCGUGCCUCUGGAGGUAAUACAGAACAUAAUUCACACAGCAGAUUACAGCAUUUCUCUGUGGUUCAAGUUCUAA